AGUAUAGUGACUAGUGCGUUGCAGUCUACCAGUGCUCUUCCUUUCUCGCGUUGACUCGUUCGCACAAUAUAUGUAUAUCAGUUCCCCUUGAGUGCCAAAAGUGUAUAGAAUUGUUGAGUGAUUAAUUGUGCUGCCGGUGGUUGAUUGAUUAAUUGCACUUGCUCGUCGGAGAGCACAAGAUAGACGGAGGAAGUGAAGGUACAUCAUCAUCAGCAUCAACAUGAUGGACAUGGCGGCAAUGGAUUUCUCGUACGACGGUGACUACCUGGGCGCGUACCGGUUCUUUUUGGAGCACUUUGUGGCCAACGUCUGCAGACCCGACGACCAACUGCCCGUCAGCAUGAACCACAAGAAAGUCUUGGAGUGCGAGGUCGUUGGCGAGAUCGCCAAUAUAACCCUCCAGCACUUGAAUCAGAGGAUAUGUCCUCCCAGUUUACAGGCCUAUUUGGUAAAGUUAGUUAUAGAAGAGUGUAAAAUAAUGUUCAAAAAACAGCCAGAAGAAUGUGGCUAUAAACCUCAAGAGAAAAAUUUUUCCUCAUUAAAAUUAAUGCAAGCUGUUACGAAUAAAGUGAAUGAAAUAUGCCAGCGUUACUUGGACAAUAGUAGAUUAGCGUUACUGCCUCCACCUCCGUCCACUCCGCUACCAUUAACUUCCUCUUGGGCAAUUAAGAACAAGAGAAGAAAAAUGGAAGAUCGUUCUGUAGUUUUACAUGAUCUACACACUAUGUUCAGUAUUAAGGAUGAAGCUGUUGUUAAUUAUUAUGCAGUAUUUGACGGUCAUGGCGGACCAGAGGCUGCGGUAUAUUGCGCAUCGCACCUUCAUCAGUAUUUAGUAGAAAGUCCGUUUUAUCCUGCAGACCCAGAAAAUGCCUUACGCGACGCUUUUAGGACUACAGACUCUAGAUUUACAGAAAAUCAUUCCGACUCAAACGGAGGUUCAACUGCCGUGUGUGCAUUAUUGUAUAAUAGAACUUUAUAUGUUGCCUGGGCAGGGGACUCUCAAGCCGCACUAAUUAGGGAGGGAACUGGUAUAGAAUUGACCAACCCUCACAAGCCGCAAAGAGCGGAUGAAAAAAAAAGGAUAACUGAUUUAGGAGGACAAGUUAUUCAUUACGGCACGUGGAGAGUUAAUGGCAUUUUAAGCGUUUCGCGAGCGUUAGGAGAUGCCAAGCACAAGCCUUACGUCUCGGACGAGCCCGAAAUCGUCAAGAUCGAACUCGACGGCACCGAGGACGCCUUGAUCAUCGCCUGUGAUGGAUUUUGGGAAUCGGCGGACGAGAGCAUCGCCGCCGCCCUUUUUUACAAUUUCAUUUCUUCCAGAGACUGUAACUACAGCUCGGUGAGCUCGACGUUGGUCGGCUGGGCCCGUCAGAACCACAGCACCGACAACAUAUCGGUGAUCGUCGUCUACCUGACUCCGCCCUCGGAGAUAGCGGCCAAGCCUUACGCCCAACCGCGGCCCGCGCAAGCCAGCUCCAUGGAGCCCGGCCAUCCCCAGCACGAGCAGCCCCAGCAGGAGCGACCCUUCGACCCCCUCGACUUUGGCUUCGCGACCAAGCCGCUCCCUGUUACCACCGAGCACCAGUCCAACGGCAACGACGUGGACUACCGCCUGUUCGGCUCGGGGCUCGAGCCCGUCAACGGCAAGCACAGGCCCAAACCGCCCAAGUACAACAUGGACGAGGAGGACGACGACGAGGACGAGGAUGACGAGGAGAACGAGGAGGUCGACCUUGGGCCCGAGACUAACGUGGACGCGGUCGACGAGGCAGGGCCCGAGGAGUUUGGCAAGUUGGACCAGGCGAUGGGCCAGAGCUACUCGGACGAAUUUUUCGGGAAGACGCCCGGGACCGGCUUUGACGGGGACGCUGCUGUGGCCGCCGCGGCUCGGGAGGAGAUCGACGAUGAUUUCUCGAUGGGCGAUGCCAACAAGCAUAAUCGUCAAAAUGAACUGAUUCCCGAGUUGGAUAAUGCAGAGGAUAGCGAAGACAGCGAGGGCGAGUGGAACUAUUACCGGCCGGGCGAGAGCAACGGUAGAGCCAGCGGCGAGAUAGCUCCAGCUGUGGUAACAACACCAGAGCCGGAAGUCGUCGAAUUCGCAGUUCAGCAGCAGCAUCCGAACAAGGACCCGGCGCUCGUCGAAAAGUCCGACCAGUGCGAGGAGGAGAAAGAGUCCUGCAGUCCAAAACCAUUCGAGGAAGAGGAGGAGGAGGAGGAAGACAGCAGCAGCAGCAAUAACGAGGACAAUAACCAGCUGCAGGCCGCCAGUGCCAGCGCCCCGGAACAGGAGCUCGACGCCGAGGACGUUACUGCCGAGUACGACGAGCUACACGACAACGAAACCAACAAACAACCCCAGACCGAGCUCAAGGACAUUGAUACUGAUGCCGAAACAACGAUUCCCGAGGAAGACUUACCCUUUGAUCAAGAUCAGCCUUUGAAUCCAUUUGAACAGUCUCUCCACUCCAAAGAUCAACAGCAACACUUCGAGGACCCUUUACAACCCGAAGAACAGCGGAAUCAACAACCAGCUGAAUUAGACCAACAUCUGGAAGAUCGAGAACAGCCAGAAAAGCAGGUCGAGCAGACUCUUCAGCACGAAGAGCCAAUAGCGCAACGAAAAAAGUCGGAAGAGGAGCUUCUGGAUAGCGACGAAGACAUGGAGUCUCACCUAAAUCCAGACGCGGCUGAAUUCGUACCCACCGCCAUUCCUCCGCAUGUUAAAGACACGAAAAAUGAUUUAAUCUCCGGCUCACCUCUCAAGCAGCCGCAAAGCGCCCUUAAGGACCGCCUGAUACCUAGCGAGAAAGAAUUCCACGAAGAGAUUUGUCACAGACCAGGAGAGCUCGAUGACAGCACGAAAAGUGACUACUCCAAUGGCAGCUCUUCACCUCAGAAGAGCGCCAACGUUAAUCUGUUUGGCACUCAUCUCGACGAAAAGCCGCUGACCGCGACCCCCAUUAAUCUCUUUGAUGUCUCAGAGAUAUCUUCGACCAAAGCCGAGUACGGCGACGAGUCGACCUUCUCUUUGGUUAGCGAGUUGCAAAAGACCGGUCACUCUAACAUGGAUUUCUCCUUCACGGGUUCGGAGCGCUGCGAGUUUGACUUUACAAAAGAUGCGAUGACCACCUCAAUGACUCCUGGUGACUUUAAGGCAGCCUUUGAGCAGGAGCCUGACUUGAAUAAAGUUCAUGAACUCAAGGAUGAGGACCUUUUAGAUGUGCAGAAUGGCUCGUUCGAGGAUGAGAAGAUGGACGGUGAAGCCGAAAUCGACGAUCUGUCCAAGGAAAAUAUCGAGCUGGACUUGCAGAACUUUGUGCCCCAGCAAGAACAGAACAGCGAGAUUUUUACGGCUGUUGUCGAGCAACGAGAAUCCGACAAUAAAGAUUUGUUCAUGAAUAUACGCAACAUCGAAAAUGACUUGAUUAAACCUGAUGCUUCUUCUUUGGAAAAUAUCAAGACAGAACCUGACUUACUAGCUUAUGACAACAGCAAUCCGUUUGGAGCUAAGUACGAACCAAACACUGAAUUGAACAAUGAUAUUGAGAAAGUCAUUGAUGGAUUGGAAAAAAUUGAAAUCAAGGAAGAAUCGGAACGCUGUCUCUUUGACAAUGACAGUACUUUGAAAUCUGGGGACUCUGAAGUGCAAACGAAUGUUCAUGAAGUUAUGCACAACCCCUUAGAAUUGAAUUUCGGCCCUUCAUCUACCGAACAAAAAACGAUUGAACCCGUUCUGGUAUCUCCCAUCAAAGAACCCGAAAUAAUGUCAAGCAAAUUUGAGGAGGAGAAUCUUAUGUCUACAUCUGUUGAGGGCUUUAAUCAAGAACCAAUUGCCGAACCUAAAGUCGAGUCUAUUUUAUCUAGCGACCACAUGGAAGUGAACCAUAUCGCACAACCUACUUCAGAAUGUGUGACCCCACGCUUAGAAGAUGUCAACGAUAAAGAUGUUUCUGAAUCUUUGCAGGAAUUCACUGGCCUCGAAAAACAACUUAGUGCUAAGAAGUUGGAUGAAAAAGAAAAUCUGCAACAAGCUCAAGAGCCUCAGACUUUGAAGGAGAGUCUCAUGGAUGAACAGAAAGAUAUUGAAGAUGUGACCCCAGUACCAGUAGACGAUGUCAAGCUUGAGGAAACUUUAGUAGUCAUGAACGAGCCAAGUAUCGUUUUAAACGAGCCUGUCGAAAGCAGCCUUUCCUCUGCAGCUCCAGUUGCUGAGACAGCCGCAGUGGUAGCUGUUGCAACUGCAACCGUUGCUUCCACCAUCGCCGCAGCUAAAUCUACCACGAAGACGACGACCUCGAAAACUUCUAAGCCGGGAGUCACUUCCAAGAUAGGUUCCAAGAGCACAACACCUACCUCACCAACAAAGGCUGGUGUCACAGCAAAGACUGGUACCUCCUCCACAGCUGCUACCAAGAAGCCAAAUGUCGCACCCCGUACGACAACUGCAAAACCAGCUGCCGGAACAGCUGCAACGAAAACCGCCAGUAGCACACUAAGCAAGACUAGCGCUCCGGCUAGACCAUCCACGACUACUAAACCAGCGACUACGACUACUGCCAGCAAACCAGCUUUAUCUGCAAGAUCCAAGUUGAGCUCGGUUACUUCAAAGAUUGGCUCGUUGCCCACGGACAAAAAACCAACAAAUGGUGAUGUCAAAUCCACUGGUGCCAAGCCAGCACAAACCUCCAGACCAGCUCCAAAACCAUCCACAACGAGCACAGCACCUAAAACGGGUCUAGUCAAAUCUUCUACAACCACACGGACGAGCUCUAUUAGUGCAACGGCACCCAAAGCUCCUAGACCAGCUUCGGCGGUCACAGCAACGAAAACGACUUCCUCCAAAGUGAGUUCAUCCGUGAGCAGCUCAACAGGUGCUUCGGCUGCUACGAGACCGAAAACUGCACCUCCAUCUACACUCAAUUCUGUAAAGUCAAAGGUUGGAGCAAAUACUGCCAAGUCACCUGUAAGCGACAAGCAGAUCAAGGAUACAGCUAACAAGCAAAUAUCUUCGGCACGCAGCGCCACUUCUACCGUCGCUAAAUUACGAGUAUCCUCGGUGUCUAGCAGCAACACAACCACAACAAUAACCAAGCGCACAUCCUUGGCUCCUAAGUCGCCAGCCCCUAACGGGGUAAGUUUACCUGCGAAGAAGAUGACUUCAAAGACUGUGGCCGCCAAGACCAUCACCUCAAAGAUUUCAUCCACCAUGAAGAGCAGUAAUACGGUUACAAGCACUACCACUUCUACAGAGACCAAAGUUGUAGAAAAUGGCAUCACUAAUACAGAAUCAAUCGACAAACUAGUGCAGAACGUAAAAAUAGAUGACAUCUGUUUCGCAAAAGAUACUCCGCACAACAUCGAUGUGCUCAUCUCCGUCAAAGAUUAAGGCACACGCAUGGCAACAGAGAGAGGAAAAAAUUUCCUUUCCUACUUUUUUUAUUCAUCAAUGUAAUGAAAAAUGAAUGUUUUUCCUCUUUUGAGAGAAAUCAGGACACAUCUCCUUUUUUGUAUUAAGUUUCGAAGGACAGAUACUCCGACGCGCAUUCACAGUAGUAGUUAGAGAGAGAAAGAACGUUAAUUUGGAAACUUUUUUUAAUAUACUCACAUAAAGAAAAAGAUUAAAAAAAAACAAAA